UGGACAGGGAGGCCUGGUAUGCUGCAGUUCAUUGAGCUACAGUCAGACACAACUGAGCAUCUGAACUGAACUGAUGGGCGAUACCUUCUGUCAGGGUCGCACGUGGCUCUCAUGGCCUGUAGCUCUAGAAGCACAUAGUCUGGCCCCAAAUGCAAGAAGUGGAGAAGGAGCAAAUAAAGGGCAGGGAAACUCCACAAUUGGGGGCCACACAGCAGUUAUUGGUCCAUGGUGCACAUGAGGAUCCAGAUGUGGAGAUGUCGCCCCUGGCAGAGGAAUAAGAAUUCUUUGGUUAGGGACUUCCCUGGUGGUCCGGUGGCUACGAUGCCACCCUCCCAAUGCAGGGGGCCCGGGUUCAAUCCCUGCUUAGGGAACUAGAUCCUGCAUGCCACAACUAAGACCUGGCAGAGCCAAAGAAAUACAUUAAAAAAAAUUCCUGGUGAGCAACUGAGUAAAUGAUGACAUUUACCCAGAUGAGGAAAACUGGGAAGAGUAAGAUCGGGGUGGGGGUGUUCUGGGAAAUCAGUUCUUUGGUUAUGUCCAGCCUGAAACUUAUGAGAUGUCCGGGUGGCACACACCAGCAAGAAAGGAAGGGGGCCGUGUCCGCAUGCCUCUGCUGCCCCUUUCCCUGCCCAUCUGUCACUUUGUAACUCAGUUCCUCCCAGACAUUCACUUAAUCUACUAGUUUGUGGUCUUGUUUCCAGCCCCAGAAGGGUUGCUGGCACUAUUCUGUUCCAGAACUUCAGUUCCAAGCUUGGAAAAAUAAAGUCCUUUCUGAAGAAGUGAAUUUACAAGGGAAUUUGUAGGCUGGAGGAUUUUGCCCUUGGCCAUUCUCCUUGAUCCUUGCCGGCUUCCAGGGGGCCUUCCUCUACCCUGAAAACAAGGAUGAAGAAGCCCACAGGCAAGAAAAAUAAGACCCAGACCCCAGAGGCAGAAGUGCAUGUGCAGAAGGACACUGCCAAAGAAGAGAAGGCAUCUGGGAAAGAACAGCAACCCACUUUGGCCCAAAAGCACAGGAAGGAAGCCCGCCUCAGUCCUGAGAAUGAGAGGCACAUGUUUGAGGCCUUAGAUGCUUCGUUUAAAGAUGACUUUGAAGGAGUUCCCAUGUUCACUCCCUUCCAGAGGAAGAAGCCCUACGAAUGCAGCGAAUGUGGGCGCAUCUUUAAGCACUAGACGGAUCAUGUUCGUCCCCAGAGAGUCCACAUUGGAGAGAAGCCCUUCCAGCGUGCCCAGUGCAGGAAGACAUUCAGGCACAGCCCUGACGUGACCAAGCACCAGAGGAUUCACCCCAGAGAAAAGCCCUUUAGAUGUAGUGAGUGCAGCAAAGCCUUUAACUGCAGUUCCAAUCUCCUGAACCGGAAGACCCACACUGGAGAGAAGCUAUACGGAUGUAAGGAGUGUGGAAAGACCUUUGCCUACAGCUCAUGUCUCAUUCGCCAUCGGAAACAUCACCCAUGGAGGAAGCAUUGAGUGUGGGGAGGCCACCCACCGGACUCGGAACUUUGUGCCCACAAGAACGUCCUGGCAGGCCUGCCUGGGGGUCCUCUUCCUCUGGAGUCUGAGCAGGCUGGUGGGGUCCUGCCUUCACCAGGAGACCCACCCGAACCAGGUCAGCAAACACCCAAGCCAUACAGAGAAUCUCCAGGUUGAGACAUCAUGAUAACAAGCAUGCAAACUGCUGUCCAGAGGGCAGGUUUGGGACCUGAGCACUGCGCAGCACUUCCCACUGCUGCCUCGCCUGUAGCACCCAUGCUGGCCUCAGCCCUCCCACCAGCUCCUUUGAAGACUGGUCUGCAGACCCUUUGCCCACUGUGUCCCAAGUCCAUCUCCGUGCAGCCUGGCAGGAGGCCUGUGUCCCUGGGCUGGACAGCAGUGCUUCUGCAGUGAGCACUGGGAACCCCACGGUCCCCCCACCUGGGCUGGCUGUGCCGGCAGUGAUGUGCUUUGUCCUGUGCCUUCCCUCCUCUGCUGGAGCACCAGUCCUUGAACUUGGCCCCCGUCCCCAGGAACUGGACUCCCUGUGUGUCCUCCCGGCUCAACCACCAUCCCAGCUGAGCAGUCUGGCUCACCACUCAGGACACUAAAUGCUGCCACCAUGGGCGCUUCCUGCCCUGGCCAUGUCGGCCCCAGGAUGUUGAUGGCAGCUUGGAUCCAGCUUUUGCCUGCAUUGCCGCUUUUCAGACACAAGACAGAAGGCCAGCUCUCCGUUCAGGGCCAACGAUGGGUUGCCAGAAAUGGACUGAUGGAUGGAGAUCAUGCUGGCAAAUACCUUCCUCCGGGUUGUGCCCCAGAAGUGCUCCAGCAGCUCACAGACAGCAGAGAGGAGGCGGAUGCAAAGAGCAUGGUCUCUUGAGCCGGGGUUGCCAACGCACCCUUGUGCCUUGGAGAUGUGGGGCCUUGGCUGGUCCUCACCUCCUUGUGCCUCCAGUCCCCAGAGGUGACAUCGGGGCUCUGACGGUGCUCAGCCUGGUCACCGCCUGUGUGUGACCUCAGUGCCACACUGACCCUCAGUUUAGCCACUGUCAGCUCUGGUCACGUGUUAGUGUCCUUAGUGGGGGGACAUUGGCCCACAGGCGUGAGAGGUGGCCGUGCAAGCAGACAGCCUUCAGUGCCUCUCCCAAGAAAACAAGAGAGCCACGAGAAAACAGUCACACAGCCCGUCUACAAUCAGCCACCGGCUCUUCUGCCGCCUGGUGUUUGGUGCAAACUGAUGGUCUCGUUUCUCAUUUCUUCUGAGUUAACUAUUAACAACACCACACCGCCUCCAAGCGCUGAACCCCACACCCUUCAGAUAUCAAUCUGUUUUGAUGGUUUUGUUGGCUAUUGCUCUUCAAAUGAAACUCAAAUUCCAGAAAAAGAAAACCUGCUAAGUAGCCUGAGUCAAAGAAAAAACCAUAAUGAAAGUUAUAAAAUACUUAAACCUGAAUGAUAAUGAAAAUACAGCUUGCGAGAACCCAUGCAUCUGUGGUCAGUAAAUCUACGACAAAGGAGGAAGACUAUACAAUGAAGAAAAGACAGUCUCUUCAGUAAGUGGUGCUGGGAAAACUGGACUGCCACAUGGAAAUCAGUGAAAUUAGAACAUUCUCUAACACCAUACACAAAAAUAAACUCAAAGUGGAUAAAACACUUAAAUGUAAGACCAGAUAGUAUAAACUCCUUAGAGGAAAACAGGCAGAACACUUUUUGACAUAAACUUGCAACAAUAUCUUUUUGGAUCCACCUCCUAGAGUAAUAAAAAUAAAAACAAAAAUAAACGAAUGGGACCUAAUCAAACAAAAGUUCUUGCACAAGGAAAGGAAAUCAUGAAACAAAAAAAAAAA